AUGGACGACAUCGUCCAACCGACACCCAUUCACCCGGGCGACGACCACGAGCACGCCGAAUCGGCCCUCCCCCCGCACAUGCGCGAGUCGGUCACCAAGGUCCCUGUCACGCCCGACAUCACUCGGGAAACGUACGAAUCCGACACGAGCGACCGCACGAGGGUGCCCGAGCCGCCCAACGGCCACUACUUCUCACGCCGCGAGCUCGACCACGCGAUUGCCCCGUCGCCGGACGCGGAUAAUACUGCUCAAGAGGGACAGACCUUCCAGGAGAAGAUCGAUACCGGUGCUAGAGAGGGUCAUGAGUUUCUAAGAAGGUUGAGUGAGGUUGUUGUGGGGAAUACCUCGUCUACGAGUGAAUCAGGGGCCUUGAUGCAUGAUAUUCGCGUCAAGCAUCCUGAUCUAGCGCUGACGGGGAAUAUUAUCUCGGCGACGUUCAAUAUCCCGCAUUCGCUGCGGUAUCGCAAGGGUGCCGAUUGGGAACUCACUCCGCGCCGGGGACAAUCCGCCCUCUUCGACGCCUUCUCCUACCUCUCCUCGGACGACAUCCCCUGGAACCACACGGUCGUCGCCUGGACCGGCGAAAUCGAGAUCCCGCAAGAUGUGCCCUCUCCCCCGGGCACACCGCCCUCCGGCCCCGUCCUCACUCCCACCGACCCGCCCCCGUCCCGCGCGGGCCCAGCCCUCGCCGCCGAAGGUCUCUGGAUCCCGAAGGAAGAUAUGCUCCGUCUCGAGCACCAGCUGUCCCACUCCAACAAGAUCAAGACCGUCCCCGUCUGGCUAGCCGACGACGCCGACCUGACCGACGAAGGCAUCCACCUGCGCGACCAGGCGCGCUGGCGCCGGUACGCCGAGCACGAGCUGUACACCUUGUUCCACUACAAGCAGCACGAGCCGAACGACGGCCGCGCCGAAAAGGUCCAGUGGACCGAUUAUAUGCGGAUGAACCUCCGAUUCGCGAAUAAGAUCCUCGAGGUGUACAAGCCGGGGGAUAUCGUCAUUGUGCAUGACUACAAUCUGAUGUUGUUGCCCGGCAUGUUGAGGCAGCGCGCCCCGCACAUGUAUAUCGCCUUUUUCCUGCACUCUCCCUUCCCGUCGUCGGAGUUUUUCCGGUGUUUGCCGAGGAGGAAGGCCGUGCUGGAGGGGGUGCUGGGCGCGAACUUGGUCGGGUUCCAGAGCUAUAGCUACUCGAGGCACUUCGUCUCGUGCUGCACGCGCAUUCUGGGCUAUCCUUCGGAUAGCACGGGCGUGGAUGCCAAUGGUUCGCGCGUGGAGGUGGGCGUGUUCCCCAUCGGGAUCGAUGCGGCCAAGGUCGCGCGUCUGGCCUGGUCGGAGAGUGUCUCGCAGAAGUAUGAGGCGCUCAAGCGGCUGUAUGCAGGGAAGAAGUUGAUCGUGGGACGCGACCGUCUCGACAGCGUGCGCGGCGUCGCGCAGAAGCUCAUGGCGUUUGAGCGGUUCCUGGAGUUGUAUCCCGAGUGGCGCGAUAAGGUCGUGCUGAUCCAGGUCACGUCGCCGACCAACAUCGAGGAAGAGAAGGAAGACCCCGAGAAUAAGAUCUCCUCCCGGGUCAACGAGCUCGUGUCCAAGAUCAACGGCACCUACGGCUCCAUUGGCUUCACCCCCGUCCUGCACUACCCGCAGUACAUCUCCCAAGACGAGUACCUCGCCCUCUUGAGGGCCGCCGACAUCGGCCUGAUCACCUCCGUCCGCGACGGUAUGAACACUACCAGUCUCGAAUACGUCAUCUGCCAGCGGGAGUCUGCCGGUCCCCUGAUAUUAUCCGAGUUCUCGGGCACCGCGGGCAGUCUCAAGGACGCAAUCCAUAUCAAUCCGUGGGACUUGACCGGUGUGGCUGACCAGAUCAACUUUGCACUGACCAUGCCCAUGGAGCAGAGGCGCGCCAUGCAGGAGAGCUUGCUGGCGCAUGUGACCAGUCGGAAUGUGCAGUAUUGGAUUGCGGGGUUCUUGAGGAGGUUGGUGACUGUGCUGGCGAGUCGGAGGUGUGUGACCUCGACGCCAUUGCUUGAUAAGGAGGUUUUGAGGAGGAAAUAUGAAGCGGCGGGGAAGAGGUUGUUCAUGUUUGAUUACGACGGGACCUUGACGCCGAUUGUGAGGGAGCCGAGUGCCGCGGUGCCGAGUAAACGGGUGAUCGAGGCCUUGACCCAGCUCAGCAGGGAUUCCAGGAAUAAGGUGUGGAUUAUUUCAGGACGCGAUCAGAAUUUUUUGAUGCAGCAUUUGGGGCAUAUUGAGGGGCUAGGGUUUAGUGCGGAGCAUGGGAGCUUUGUGCGGGAGCCGGGGCAGAAGGAGUGGGAAAAUUUGGCCGCGAGGUUUGAUAUGGGUUGGCAGAAGGAGGUAUUGGAGGUGUUCCAACGCUACACUGACAAGGUUCCGGGCUCCUUCAUCGAACAAAAACGCUGCGCCCUUACCUGGCACUACCGCCUGGCUGAUCCCGAACUCGGCCUCCACAUGUCCCGCGAAUGCCACAAAGAACUCGAGUCCACUGUCGCCCGCAAGUGGGAUGUCGAGGUCAUGACCGGCAAGGCGAACCUUGAAGUGCGCCCGACGUUUAUCAACAAGGGUGAGAUCGCCAAACGUUUAGUCCUCACUUACAACUCAUCUCCUGAAGACGGUGGGAAAGUCGGGUUUGUGUUGUGCAUGGGCGAUGACUUCACCGACGAGGAUAUGUUCCGGGCGUUGAACGGACUGUGUGUGCCGCCGCAGGAAGGGGGUAGUGGCGCAGGGGAGUUGGAGGAAGAGAGCUGUUUUGCGGUGACUGUUGGUGCCAGUACGAAGGUUACGUUGGCGAGGUGGCAUUUACCGGAGCCGGAGGAUGUGAUUGAGAUUGUGGCUUCUUUAGCGGGGCUGCCGCCCAAGGAGCACGAGGCCGAGAAGCUUGAGACUCCUAAGGACGAGUGA